CUCUCUCUAUAGGGCACCAGUCGUUCUAAAAUCCUUGUCCCCCCCUAUAUACUAAAAAUGAAAAUCUUGGUUGUUGCAGCAGCCUGUUUGGUGGCGAGCGUAUCGUCCAGUGUUUUGAGAAUUAAAGGCCUCACGGACUGUGGUGGUGGUGGCGCUCCCAUUAAAUUCAGUGGAGAAAUCCUUACCCAAACGGCUCCUGUUGUCGGCAGGAUGUUCAUGGAUUUAACCACCACCACUCUGAUUGAUGCAACAGUCGAAGCCAAUUUGACUAUGCGCAAAGUCACUACCCGAGUUAUCGACAACUAUGAAGUUCCGUGCUUGAACGGCAUUUCUGGAAGUUGCACCGUUGACUUCUGCUCAGCUCUUACCACUUACCCAGAAGCCGUCUGCACCCUCUUCCCAGCUGACGUGCCCUGCUCAUGCCCACUCGCUGCCGCCGUUUACACCAAUCCAGCCGCUUACGUCACUUUCACCUCCGAAUGGCUCGCUAUUGAAGGAGGAGUUAACGGUGAUUACAGUACUCGAACUGAAAUCAUUUCAAACCUUGGAGCUCCCCAGGAAGCCUUGUUGGGCUGUCUCCUGCUGGAGUACGCUUUGGUGGCCGUUUAAGCACACGCAAUCGUUCUGCUUACAAACUUUUCGUGAAAUGCUUAUGAACGUGGUGUAUUGGAGCGAUUUAAAGAUGAAAUAAACUGGCUAUAACAACG